CUACCAGUUCCUCCAAGUUCCAGGAAAUUUAUACAAAUCCAACCUCCCAUCUUCUGCCGAGACUAAAACGCACAGCGCCGGCAUCGCUAGAGAAGGCGGAAAAGAAUUAAGAGGAGAUAGAGACGAUAGUGAACUGCUAAGAGCGAAAAACGGAAGAAUAAGAAGGUAAUGGAGGAGGACUUGACACGCCGUUGUCAUGAAGAGGAUCAAGAAGAAGAAUAUGUAGUGCUUGAUCUUGAUGCUAUUUCUGGGCAAGUUGACAUUCCUCCAGAUGCACCUUAUGUUCUAUCUGGUCUCGACACUUUAAAUCCGACACUGAUAAUAGAUGGCAAAUUGAAGCUGAUUGGAGAAUAUGAAGAAACAAUAGGAACAUGUUUGGUUUUCUCUGAAGACGGAACUUGUUGUAGUGUCAUGUAUUUUCAGAAGGUCCUCCGGUGGUUCAUGAAGAGACAGGGCCAUCAGAAGUAAACCUUUUCUCAGGAAAAUACAUAAUAGAUUCAAAUCAAGCUCCAAGUAAGCAAGUGAGGCCUGUUGCUCGCCUUCAUAAGAUCCUGAAGUUUAGAUUGUUGUUGGAUGAUGGCCAAGACGCUGCAGUUGAGGAGAAUACAUAAGAUUUGUUUACUGUUAUCUGAGGUUUUUGUAUCUGUUUUCCAACAGCCUAGUUUGAUAAGGUUAGUUAUUGAGAAAAAACAUGCAUAAGGUAGAAAAUGUACAUAACAGUUAGAUUUUGAUCUUACGGUAUUUGUUCAUAAUUAUUUGGGUCUUAAUUUUA